UCGAUGAAUAAGAAGGCGAGAUAAAUAAGACUAACCGCCACGAUUUAGACAAGAGGACGUUCAGAUAAACAAGAAGAAGACGAGACAAAAGGAAAAAAGUCAAGAUAAAUAAGGAGAAACAGCCGCCUCGAGAGAAGGAAAACGGAGCGACCCAAUACACACGCCUUCCCGCAGAGAGCCAGCACCUAUCGCCGUUUCUCUCUCAUUUCCCUUCCUUUUUGUCCUCCACGAUGGCUGAGGGCGAAGGGAGCGGCACAGUGACACCCGCGGAAGAGGAAGAGGAGUCGGGCAUCUCGAUGGUAGAAGUAUUAGAGGAGGAACAAGAGAGAGAACUGGACGCAGCGGCCGUGUUGGGGGCCUCCGAUGACACCAGCUGCACCUACGACCAGGGUAACAUGAAACGUCAGGCUCUGUAUGCCUGUAUGACAUGUUGCCCAGCAGACAGUGAGCUUUUGGCAGGAGUGUGUCUGGCUUGCAGCUACCACUGUCAUGAGGACCAUGAACUCGUUGAACUUUACACCAAGAGGCACUUCCGCUGUGAUUGCGGCAACUCAAAGUUCUCCCAAAAUCCCUGCAAGCUUCUCAAGGACAAGCUGCCAGAAAAUCCAGAGAACCACUACAACCAUAACUUCAGAGGGUCCUACUGCACCUGCCAGAGACCUUACCCAGAUCCUGAAGACACUGUUGAAGAUGAGAUGAUUCAGUGUUGUGUGUGUGAGGAUUGGUACCAUGGCCGGCACCAGGGUGGGAAAACUCCUCCAGACAGUGAGUUUGCAGAGAUGAUUUGCAGCCAGUGCCUUACCAAACAUGAUUUCCUAGCACAUUACCUCGGUCUUACUGUUUCAGUAGUGAAGAGUGAGGAUUCUAAAGCAUCUGUUGAUGUUGAAACUGGUGCUGAAAAGAGUACAAAGAAAGAUACCUCUGAGACUGUGAAGAGUGAAGAGAAUGAGCCUAAGAGUGGAAAAAAAGUCGCCAAGGAGGAGGAAAAAGCUGAUGACAAUGCUAAUGUUAAGAAAUGUGAAUCAGCAGAAUGCAAGCUGAAAACUCUGGCCAAGCAAGAACUUCCAGAUGGUGCUGGAUUCUUUACCAUGAAUUGGCGAAAGCAGCUGUGCACUUGUGAGGAAUGCAAGGCAAAGUAUAAAUCUGAGGGAGUAAUCUUCUUGCUUGACGAGGAAGACACUGUUUCCUUCUAUGAAGAAAGUGGAAAGACCCAUCAGAGAAGCCACUCGGCACCAGUACAAAGAGAGCUUGAGGCCCUUUCCUCUUUAGAUAGAGUCGUCCGCACAGAGAUGGUUCAUGAGUACAACACUCUGAGCUCGUCCCUGAGAGAGUACCUGCGUAAAUUUGCUGAGAACAAGAAGGUGGUUCGAGAUGAGGACAUUCGCGAAUUCUUCUCGCAGCUAACUGCAAACAAGAAGCAACGACCAGGGUCAUCUGUCCAGUUGUUCUGCAAGUGAAUUUGUGUUGGAUUUUUCUUCUCCCAUAAUAAUUUUAUUGUCUUGGCUUAAAAGGCAGCCCUUGGUUUGGAUAUUUGUGAUAAAAUUCUGUAUUUGGUGUGCAUUUGGAGACUGAUUUGCAGAUUUCCUUUUUAUUCAUACUGCUGAUGAAGUUUAUUUUAGAUACUGAUGCCAAUAAAGAGUUGUUGUUUAUUCAAUUUUCCCAAGAUUUUUCAAGAGGAUGGGGGUGCAUAUGGUUUGUAUUCAUCAGUAGCAGCACUUUAAUUUUUUAUGUCCUUGUAUUGGAAAGAAGACCUAGUUUUACAUCACUUUAUUUUUUUAAGCAAUACAUAAUAAUUUUAUAAAUGCAAAUCACAGUUGUUAUGCUACAUUGUUAAAUUAUGGAUCAUCACAGUUUAAUUCAUGUUCUCUCUCAUGGAAAAUAUGUUAUUGUGAAUCAUGUUCUUUUCAUUUUGUUUAAAGAGAGCCACACUUUGUAACUGUUUGGUAGGCAGGGUCUGUGUGUUAUUUGCAGACUGGGCAGUAAUUUUUAGAAUCUCUACUUUGAAAGCUUUAGGAAUCAUGAUGUUGUUGUCUCAGGUUUCUUGACAGCAUUACCAAAGAAACAAAUUUGAAUUAUGUCAAAAUUAUGAUAAACAAAAUGUCAUUGGCUUUGAAGACUUCUUUUUAAAGCAUAUAUUUGAUGCACUUUGGAAUAUAGUAAUGCAUUAUUAUUUUUGUCUACUUUUUGAAUAUCAAAGGCUGAGCCGGAAAUAGGAUUAUGAAUUUUGUAAAGUGUACAACAAUAUUUAGAUACACCAUGUGCUGCUCUAAGUUACUGUUUAACAAAAUGUUCAGUAUGGGAAUUUCCCAAAGUUUUGUAGUAAGAGUAGAGACAUUAGAUAGUUAACUUGUAAUGACAAUGGUAGUGUUGUAGUUGUUCCACUGAUGGAGGACCAUUUUAUCUCUUUAGAAGUACCAAGGAAUGCAAGUGACUUUUGUGAUUUUUUUUUUUUUUUUGUGGAGUUGAAUUUCCAUCUGUAACCCCAAAGCUUCUCUUUUUACUAGCCACAAAAUUAUUGUCUGUCCUCUUUUUCUUCUUCUUUCUUUCUACUAUAAAAUGGUUCUUUGCUUUCUCCAUAUUGACCAUGAAAUAGUUUAUGGAAAUAUUUGGCUUUGUAGAGAGGUUUGCAAAAUUGCACAUGGGGUUCAGCUGGAGACACAUCCUGUAUUUCAUGAGGAGUAUCUGAUGCCGCCAAUAUUGUAUGAAACUGUGAUGUAACUCAAUACAAAUUUUGAGAAAUAAAGAAUUGAGCUGUA